CAGCCCGGCGGUCUCCGGGUGGUGGGGGUGGAGGAGGAGGAGGAGGUUGAGCUCGCCUCGAUGAUGGCUACUCCCAGUGCUAACAGCAGCUCCGCGAUACCACCGCCGCCCUCAGCCCUGAACAGCGGCCUGUCCGCCGCCUCCACACAGACCCAUCACUGCCAGCACAUCACCACCAUGAGCAGCAUGCAAGCAGGAUUUCAGAUUAACCUGUUUGGAGCUGUCCAAAGUAAACGUAAAGUACUGAAGUUAGAUUUUGCAAAUCCGUCUAUCAAAUCAGCCACCAGAUUCAGCCUCAGCACUGCGGUUCCGCCCUUCCAGAACCCUCACAUAGAACGUUUGCGGACACACAGUAUUGAAUCAUCAGGAAAGUUAAAGAUUUCUCCAGAGCAGCUCUGUGACUUCACAGCGGAGGACCUGAAGGACCUGGGGGAGAUCGGCCGAGGAGCGUACGGCUCUGUCAACAAGAUGGUGUACAAACCCAGUGGACAGAUCAUGGCUGUAAAGAGGAUCAGGUCGACAGUAGAUGAGAAGGAGCAGAAGCAGUUGCUGAUGGAUCUGGACGUGGUGAUGAGGAGCAGUGACUGUCCCUACAUUGUGCAGUUCUAUGGAGCACUUUUCAGAGAGGGGGACUGUUGGAUAUGUAUGGAGCUCAUGGCUACCUCUUUUGACAAAUUCUAUAAAUACGUAUAUUCCACGUUGGAGGAUGUGAUUCCUGAGGAGAUCCUGGGCAAAAUUACACUAGCUACAGUGAAAGCACUUAACCACUUAAAAGAAAACUUGAAAAUAAUUCACAGAGACAUUAAGCCAUCAAACAUUCUCCUGGACAAGAACGGGAACAUUAAACUGUGUGAUUUCGGGAUCAGUGGGCAGCUCGUCGACUCCAUCGCCAAGACCCGAGACGCAGGCUGCAGGCCGUACAUGGCACCGGAGAGAAUAGACACCAGUGCCUCCAGACAGGGUUAUGAUGUGCGCUCAGAUGUCUGGAGUUUGGGAAUCACACUGUACGAGUUGGCCACUGGUCGGUUUCCGUACCCGAAGUGGAACAGUGUGUUUGAUCAGCUCACACAGGUGGUGAAAGGAGAUCCUCCACAACUCAGUAACUCUGAAGAACGACAGUUCUCCCCCAAAUUCAUAAACUUCGUUAACCUGUGCCUUACAAAGGACGAGUCAAAAAGGCCAAAGUACCGAGAGCUUCUGAAACACGCCUUCAUCCAGAUGUACGAGGAACGCUCUGUAGACGUGGCCAGUUACGUCUGCAGGAUCCUCGACCAGAUGCCGGCGUCCCCCAGCUCGCCCAUGUAUGUGGACUAAACACUCACACACGCUGAUCCACGUGGAGGACAAACAAAAACACUGGCUGUUGUGUACAGUUCCGCUUUGUCACAGAACCCUGCAGUGUUCUUCGGAAAUGCAGAGAGCAGUGAGACAGCUGUCCUCAAUCACGCCUGCACAGCUGCAUCCUGUCUGUUUCUCUGUCUCGUGUCUCACCUCACAGCACACGCUCAAGGACGCCUCGUCUCUGGACGUACUGUACAUACACCCUGCUGCUGAGUGUGUGUGUGUGUGUGUGUGUGUGUGUGUGUGUGUGUGUGUGUGUGUGUGUGUGUGUGUGUGUGUGCGUGCGUAUGUGUGCUUGUGUUUGUUUGUGUUUGUGUUCUGGUCCUGGAGGUGGUUUGGAGAGCGGCCGUACUGAAGCGCUGCUCAUGCUGGUCUGUCUGCUCUCAGCCUGAUGAUGGCUUAAGUCCAAAUGCUCUUCUCCAUACACAAGUGCACUAUGUAGGAUGUUUAAUAAUUGCUCCUGCACCCUGUGUAGUGCAUUGUUUUAUUUGGGAUUCAUCCCAUGAUUGUAUCCUUACUGUAUAAUGAUCCAUGUUCUGAUAUAUAAAAUAAAUAAACUGGUAAACUGGAAAUGUAA